AUGUUCAAUCUUCGUCGCCUUUUCGUGUCGGCCCUGGUCCUUGGGCUCGGCCUCCUCUUCCUCGCCCAGACAGCUGAGGCUGCCAAGGGCCCCAAGAUCACCCACAAGGUCUUCUUCGACAUUGAGCAGGGUGACCAGAAGCUCGGCCGUGUCGUUAUGGGCCUCUACGGCAAGACUGUCCCCGAGACAGCUGAGAACUUCCGCGCUCUGGCUACUGGCGAGAAGGGCUUUGGUUAUGAGGGUUCUGCUUUCCACCGUGUCAUCAAGAACUUUAUGAUCCAGGGCGGUGACUUCACCAAGGGUGACGGCACCGGUGGCAAGUCCAUCUACGGUGACCGCUUCAAGGAUGAGAACUUCAAGCUCAAGCACACCAAGAAGGGUCUCCUCUCCAUGGCCAACGCCGGUCGCGACACCAACGGCUCCCAGUUCUUCAUCACCACCGUUGUCACCUCGUGGCUCGAUGGCAAGCACGUCGUCUUCGGUGAGGUCCUCGAGGGCUACGACAUCGUCGAGAAGAUCGAGAACACCAAGACUGGCGGUGCCGACCGACCCGUCGAGGCGGUCAAGAUCGCCAAGAGCGGCGAGCUUGAUGUCCCCCCUGAAGACCUUUACGGCACAUCUGAAUUCGCUGCGGAGGAGGUUUCCGCUGGUUGGUCUCCUCUCCAGAAGGCUGGCCUCUUUGCUGUUGUCGCUGGUCUUGUCUUUGUUGGACUUCGCCACGCCCGUCAGCGCUCUCGAUUCUAA